AUGGGUGUAUUUACCGGUGCCAGAGAAUGGGAUCUUGAUAUCGACCGCUACCUCAAUCGCAUCAUCCCCCCUUCACCGCUACACAAGCUUCCAACGCCCGUGUCGAGGUUUCUCGGGCAUAGGAAAGAGACGCGACAAGAUGUUGGGAAUAUCCUCGGAGCGUUUUGGUCGUUGUUAGGUGCCUUCUGUGGUCUGGCGGUUGUAGCGGCGGUCUUCAACAAUACGGAUAGUAUACAAUGGCACCAGCCACCAGCAUUAAUCGCAUCUUUUGGUGCCUCCGCAGUCCUCGAGUAUAACUCUAUACGCUCACCACUCGGCCAACCUCGCAAUGCCCUGCUAGGCCAUGGUAUCUCCGCACUUAUUGGUGUCGGUAUAUCGAAGUUGUUCCAAUACCACUCAGAGUACGAUUCGAUAAAGUGGAUCGCAGGCGCUGUAGCAUGCGGUUGCGCGUCUGCCGUCAUGCUCUUGACCAACACCGUACAUCCUCCAGGCGGCGCAUCCGCAGUGCUCGCAGCAACAGACCCCAUCAUUACGGCCAUGGGCUGGUACUUCGUUGGACUUGUUCUCUGGGGCACCACUCUCAUGGUCAUGGUUGGACUCGUCAUCAACAACAUCCAAAGACAGUUCCCAAUAUACUGGUGGACACCUCUGGACCUACGGAAAGCGAAAAUUGAAGACGAAGAGGUGGUGCCAGAUGCGAGAGGCGGGUUAGAACGAAAAAAGAGUGUAGAACAACAACACUACGACCAAGCAGGAGACAAGAUUGAAAUCAACGGCGCAGAAGUCGUAUUACCAGACGAUAUGAGUCUGAAUGCGGAAGAGACGAAAGUACUGGAAAGACUACGAGAGAGGUUACGGAAGAGAGUAGACAAUGAGAGAGAAGAAAGAGAUAUGGAGAAGAACAAAUCAGACAGUGGAAGAAGCAGUACUGAAUUUACCAUGGUACCCAGCAAUAGUGGGAGCAAUCAGACUGGUAUAUAG